AUGAGUGAAACAGAAAAUAUUGCUAACCACCAAGUUAAGGUGGAUAACUGGCCUUUAUUUUUUUUACAAAGGCUUAAUCAUUUUUAUAGAAAAAAAUCACAUUGUGAUUUAACUCUUAUGUUUUCUACUUUGGAUGAUAAUGUCAAAACAAUAAAGGUGCACAAACUUGUAUUACAUGCAUGUACAGAUUAUUUUGAAUCAUUAGAUAUUAUGACAGAUUCCGAACAUGGUGAAUUUUUACAAUUAUCAAAUGAAAUGCAACCAGAUGUAGUGAUUCCUAUUAUCGGAUUUAUGUAUACAGGUAAAUUAGAGUUUCCGGUAACUUUAAAGCCAAGAUUAUAUGAAGCAGCUACAAAAUUGCGAAUGACUAUUUUAACUAAACUUUUGGAUGUACAAUCAAGUAAAACUUCAAACAAAUAUGGGAAUCAACCAUCAGAAGAGCCUUUGACCAAAGUUUCUUUAAAGAAAAAUGAAGGUUUAUUACCCACACAAAAUGUAAUAAAUAAUAGUCAGGAUGGACAAGAACUUGUUACUUCUUCAUCUGAUGUUUCCUUAUUACAAGGAAAUUAUUCCUCUAAUUCUUUAACCAAGCAAAGUGAAGAACCUGUUGUUACUUUGAUACCUGUGUCAGUUAAAACUUCUCAAUCAAAUCAAAAUCUUAACAGUAAUGUGACUUUAGUACAAUGGAGUGAUGUUGCUACUGGUAAAACUAAUAGUCAAAGCAAACCAAAAAGUUUUAAAAAAAAUAUAGGAUUGCAACUGGCUACAGUCAAUACAAAGCCUAAAGUGGUUGAUGUUAGUUUACCGCCCACCUUGCCUGGAAGAAAGCUUCCAGUUUGGAAAAGAAAAGUUCCUCUUAGUGGAUCUCAGUUUUUGACGGAAAAUGUUCAAAAUGUGCGCACAACUUAUCGUUCUACCGAAAAAGGAAAACCCACACGUUUUGAAUGGGAAGAAGAUCUUAAUGAUCUCACAUCAUUGAAACCUGUCGAAGAUGCUUUAAAAACUCUUUCCUACGAUGGUUCAGUUAAAAUCUCAUAUCCAAUUAUUUUAGAUCCCGAAAGCACAACUCAAAGAAAUGAUUAUUCAUCAGAUGAUUCUUUAAGGCAAAGUUGCGAAGAAAGUCCCUCGGAAUCACCUCCCUAUAAAAGAUCGCGGCAAAGCGAAUUACAAGACAUGAAAGAAUACGGAAAACAACAGCAAUUACGUAAUGAAAUAAUAUGUAGUGAAGAAAAUGCAGAUGACAUGAUGGAUACGGAUGAUUUGUAUGGGCAGUGUGAAGAUGAACCCGCUGAUAUAAGCAAUUUUAAUGUUUCAAACGCCAAUUCGUCGACACCAAAGCCAAUUUUAAAAACAAUUUUCAAGCCCGAACCUCCUGCUUCUUCUAAAAAAGUUAGAUUUUCUCUAGAAGGAAAAGAAAAUAAUCAACAGCAAAAUGAAAUUGGCACCGAUUUCACAGUUGCUACUUCAUCUGCUAGUAGUACAACCAAUGUAACUAAUAAUGAUACUAAACAGCCGGAUCAAGUGGUGUCGAAGCAAAAAAUUGUUUUACCAAUGAACGUCAGUCAACUUCAAUCGGGCAAACAUCAUGUCAAAAUCGUAUCGGAAGUAUUAAAAAAAUAUCCGAAUUUAGCCAAACGAGAAAAUAUUAAAUUGCGAGUAGUGAGUAAAAAUCCGGCAGCGGUACCGCCUGCAAUGCAACAAGCUGUCGAAGGGGAUGUCGGAACUGGAGCCAAAUCGUCGUCCUCGCUGGUUUCUUAUAUUUUUCUGACGAAUAAAAGUUCUGGUGACUUACCUCUUGCUAAAAAUGGACAAAAUGAAAAGGAAAAAUUGUUUGACGUUGAGAACAAAACUGGUCCUUGGUUUUGUCACGUUUGCGAAGAAAUAAAUCCUAUAGAAUUCGAGUCUUACUAUACUUACAGAAGACAUUUGGUUGAGGUACACGAACUGAAAAUAGAUGCCAGGAUUUGUGAGUACUGCGGUUUGAGAAACAGCAAAAGAAAUCACUUGUUGUAUCAUUUGUAUACCAAACAUGGUAUUCAUCCUCCGGCCCAUGUUUCAUUUCCAAAAUGCUCUGAGUAUCGUUUCGAAAAUGGCACCAAGCUUAAAGACCAUAUUGAAACCACCCAUCAUUCUCAGGUAACUAAAUUGCAAUUUAAUAUCGUUCUAGGUCACCUUAACUCGGAUUUUCACACUCAGAAAAUAACUCAAAGAGAAGGAAAGCAAAUAUACCGUUGUCCAUAUUGUGAAGCUCUUUUUGGGAACGGUGAUAAACUUGGUAAACAUAUAGUAACUGAUCACUGGAGAAAAAAUAAUCAAAUUGCCGAUCAAAGAAACCAAGAAACGACUUUUGAGCCGCAGUCUGGGCAACAGUUACAGUAUACCGAAGAGGCUGAAAAUUUAAAUACAGUAGAUUGCACAAACGAUUCCCCUUCUUCUGAAUUAGAAUCAUUAAGUAAUGUUGCUUCUGGCAUAGCAACUUCGUUAAGUUUAGUUGGUAACGAGCAAACAGUUGUUUACUACGAGCAAAGAGCAGAAGAGCAAGAUAUAGGAGGAGAAGCUACUGUUAUUGCUGAAAAUGAAUGUAACGGAUUUUUAAUUUCCACUCCUUUGGAAGAAAUUGAUAACAAUUCUGGUAAAAUUGAAAAUGAUAAUUUGAAAUCUUUGACUGUCGAAAGCGAAGAUUCAAAUUCUAGAAUGUCAAAUUGCGAAGAAUUAAAUCGCACCACAUGCUCAGAUCAUGACUAUUCAGAGCCCCACGGUGAUGAUCAUUUAAGGCAAAUGAUUCCAAUGCAAAAUGUUGCAAAUCCACUGUCAGAAGAAACCGUCAUACAGCAAAUACUGCCAGAUCAAAGUUUGGUGUUUUCGAACGAGGCUAACGUUGUUUUUCAAUCGUCCUGUGUCAGUUUGCCUCCUAGAGUCCUGUUGACGUCGGGAAAUAUGGUUUUACCUCACAUCUCUCACGGAGAGCCAAACGUUAUUCUCUCAAAAGUUAUACCUCAAACAUCAAUUAUACUUUCGGGUCAAAUUUUACAACAACCUGGAGGUAUAAUAGACGAAAGUAGUUCCAUCAUGUUUGCAAAUCCACCCACAUCGGGUGGUAUUGAUAAUAUUCAGGCUGCCAUACAGCAUUAUUCAAUAGAAAAACCUCAAAAAGAAGAUAAUGGUAAUCAGGGCGAAGAUGUCGAAGUUGGUCAAGUAUUAAAAAUGGAAAAUGCUUUUGCUCCAGAAAUAGAUAGUGCAUCGCCAGGAGAAGAAGAGAAAAACAUGACGGAAAAAAAAUUAGAUGAUAAUUCGGUUGUAAAAAUUUUAGAAAAUACGGAAAUUCAAGGAAACGAACAAUCGGAAAGUAUCGAUGACGUCAAAAACGUACUUGUACAAAACGAUCAAAUAGAAAAUAUAAAUAUCGAAGAAUGCAAUCAACCAGAAAAAAUGAACGUUAAAGAAGAAGAAGAAGAAGAAGAAGAAGAAGAAGAGGAAGAGGAAGAAGCAGAAGAAGUAGAAGGAGAAGAAAACGUAGUUGUUAAUAACGUUUGUCAAGAAAAAACUAAUGAAAAUGACAACGAACCGGAAGUUGAAAUUUUGGAAGGCGAAAAGAGUGUCGAAUGUGAGGAACCUGAGUCGAAUAAAGGUUCCACCGAUGAAAGUUCUCUUAUGUCAAUUAGUAAAUCGCAAAAUAGAUUAGAAACAUCAAAAAUUGUAGAUGAUUGGGAUGAAACAAACGACAGUCAGCAAAACGUAGAAAGUAAAAGUGACGGACCCAGUCGACCUGACUUUUUCUAG